GUAAAUGCGGCGUAGCUCUCUCGUACACCAAGCAAGCGCGCAAAGGAGUGUAGUCUAAAGCAUUGACAGCUGUUCAAAAAGUGAACGAUAUCUUCUCUGCCACCAGCAUGCCGAAUUCCGCCGAGACCGAGCUGAAGGCGGGUCAUCCGCCAGCUGAUAAGGCGGGUGGUAUGCGGAUCACUCAACACAAAACGGAAAAGACCGUCUCUGGCUCACCCCCUCCGCAAACCAACAUCGAGGUCGCCUUGUCCAAUUCCGCGGUUCAAACCCAGAAUCGGCAACUCAUCAAUGGAGUCGUGGCUAAGGGCGAUGCUGAUUUUCCUGCAGAGGCGGUCAAAGCUUUCCAUGAGAACAAGCCUCUGCCAACCCAUGAUCUCCGACCCAAAAACAGUCAGCAGCCGAAGUUUGUCCAGCAACCGCGGAAGCAGUAGACCACUGCCACUUGUUUCGUUCCUUCUUCAGACGGAUGCUACGAUGGAAUGAAUCGAUCGUUCAAGUCGGAGCGACCGACAGAGUGUAAAUGGAAGAUUCCGUCGAUAGUGUUGGUCUGAGUAUCGAUGUCGCCUUGGCGGUAUACAGGAGCCAUCCUUCUCGAAGGAGGAAGGACCAGAAGUGUACAGACGGCCGCCCUAUCGGCUCCUCGAACGGUUUGAGCUGCGCUAUCAUAUUGUAUCAGAUGUCCAAUGGAGCCAUAGUGCUUGCAAAGAGCGGACUUUAUUCUUCUGUCGCGAGAGUCUCUGUUGCUGAUAAUGGAACCUGGCGGGGUCCUCUACCGAGCACCAGCGUCCCAUGUCGUACCGAUCGGUAUGUCGACACUCGGAAUCCUCGUCAGGAAUUGCGCUCGGAAAUCGAUACAUUGAUACAUUAAAAAUAAAGAGAAACGGAAAUCCAGAGACUCUA